AUGGAUGAAACCGAGUUCGUCAGCAGCGGCCCUCCAUGCACCGAACAAGAGUCUCUCCUGCGAAACUGGUACGACUCGGCUCUAUAUUUCUUAGACAAGGCAGACUUCAUGCAGAGAUCAACGAUAGCUGUCCCCCGGGCCAUCGCCAUCCUCGGCAUCGUUGCAACCAACAUUGGAGACACGCAUCGCCAUUCGAACUUAUGGGCGUGUGCCAUCCGUGUUGCCAAAGAGCUGAAUCUCGGCUCAGACCAAGAAAACCGCAACGAAUCCAUGGUGCAGCGCGAGUCUCGGAGACGACUCUGGUGGACGCUUGUCCUCUGCGAGUGGCUGCCAUGUCCUCCUCGGAUGCCUUGCAUCAGCGACGUUGAUUUUGACUGCGAGCUCCCCGCAGAUAUAGACGACGAGCAACUACAAGCGACAAACUUGGGCGGUCUGCGCUCAAUCAGGAAGGGUCCACGUCCGAUUCAGUAUCACAUAGCCAUGAGCAAAAUUGCAAUCAUCUUCUACCAACUUCAGUCGAAGAUGCGGCUGCGAAGAUGGGGCGCUGCCGAGAUUGCGCAGUUCAUCUUCUUUGCCGACGACCAGCUGGCCACACUCAUCGGCGAACUGCCCCAGCACCUUCAGAACGAUGAGUCUGAAACGCCAGCAACAUUGGAGCGAGACUCUGCCUACCCGUGGAUCCCCUGGCAGAAGAGGAGCCUCACCAUGGUUCUCUUGUACCACCGCAUUGCCAUCAACCGCAUUCUGCAGUCACACUGGCUUGAAGGUUCGACCAAUCAUUCUAGAGCGAGGUCUAUCUGCCUUCAAUCGGCAGUCGCCAUCAUAAGAUCUGCAUUGGCUGGUACUGAACCGCCUGACUUUUCCCGGAUGAGACCAUGGUAA